AUGCUCGAGAUGCAAGCAAAAGAGAGAACCAUACAUCAUUUUUUCCACCUAUAUCACUCUUUAUGUUCAGAAGCAAAAGCUGCAGAGAUACGAGCAGAUUGGAAGUCGCAGCUGUUGUCAGUUACAAAUGUUGGUGCCCUCAAACAGGAACUCACAACAAUCAUGAAAGAAAACAUGGACACUUUAAUGAAUAUAGCGCGUUCGCUAUGGUCCGUGGUGGCUGUCAAUCUAUCUCUUGUCCUUUCACUAUUGGGAGCUUUAGCCGGGCUUAUUUUUGAUUUUGGAACGGAUAUUAUCAACUUAGUCAUCGAGAUAAUUGUUUUCCUGACAUUGACUUACUAUCUUUUGUCUGCCUCACGUGAACGAUGGCUACCAAUGGAGUGGGCCAGCAAUCUGUCACAUCUAGUGUCAGUGUCUGAUACUUCAUCGACUAAUGCUACCACCAGCAGCCUUCAAACCAGACCUAUUACAACUACCACCAAUCUUCAAAACAGACCUACAACUCAGAUAUCACCACAUGAAGUGACCGGCGCCAUCGAACAGGCGAUCUCGUUAGUU